AUGAGUGUCCGGGUGUAUGUUGAACAGAAGAAAGAGAAUAGGCAGUUCGGGAUGUAUCCGUUGUGUAUCACAACAACUGAUAGGACGCGUGAAUACAGUCUAUCGGGCAAAAUUGUUAUUCAAGGUAGCCUAGCAAUAGCGGAUACAAAUGGUAUACAAGAAAUGGAUGCUAAUGAUUCGAUAGCACUGGCGGCAUCAGCUUCUAGUAAGGAAAUAGUUAUAUUCGGAGGAGAGAACGAUUUGAUAAUUUCAAACCGUAAUCACAAAGAAGUCAUGGUAAAUCAGGUAUACAAUGAUAAGGAAACUUUGAAAGCUGUGAUGACGAAGUAUGCUAUUGACAAUAGAUUUCAAUUCCGAAACAGAGAGGUCAAAUUCGUUAGCUACACCCUUGCAUGUCUUUCUAGACAAUGUGAGUGGAAAUUGAAUGCUUCAAGUAUCAACAGAUCAGCUAUAUUCAAAAUCAGAGAGUUCGUGGAGAAACAUACAUGUCCAUUGAAGGAUAAGGCGUAUACGCAACAUCAAGCUAGUAGUGGUUUUAUAGCUGGCAUUAUUAAGCCAAAAUUUAGAAAUUAUAAGAGGAAGUAUGUGCCUAGUGAUAUAGUAGAUGAUGUUAAAAAUGAUUUUGGGGUGGAUGUGCCAUACAUGAAAGCAUGGCGUGCUAAAGAAAAGGCUAUGACGGAGUUAAGGGGCGAGCCAGCCGAGUCAUACAAGAAAUUGCCGGGAUACGUAUACAUUUUGGAUAAAACAUACCCAGGUUCUCAUAUAAGAAUGAAGAAAACAUCUGAAAAUGAGUUCUUGUAUCUUUUUGUAGCAUUGUAUGCCUUUAUAAAGGGGUUUGAAUGUUGUCUCCCCAACGUGGUUGUAGAUGGCAGCCACAUCAAAACAGCAUACAAUGGGACAUUUGUUUCAGCGAGCACGAUGGAUGGUGCAGGGAAUAUACUACCUUUGGCGUAUGGCGUGAUUGAUUCAGAAAAUGAUAAGUCUUGGACAUGGUUCUUCGAACAGUUCAAGGAAGCUUAUGGGCUACGGGAGAGCAUGUGUGUUGUAUAUGAUAGCCAUGAAUCCAUCAUCAAGGCUGUAUCCAAUGUAUAUCCUAAUGUUCCCCAUUUUGCAUGCAUAUGGCAUCUUUGGAAGAAUGUAUACAAUAAAUAUAAAAAGAGUCACAAGGUGCUGAGUGGGGUGUACUAUGCAAUGGCAAAAGCGUAUACACAGGAUGAAUUUGACAUGCUAAUGGAAAUGGUUGCGGCGGUGGAUAUUCGUGUAAAGGAUUACACAGGUGUGGACAUGUUGGACACAAUAGGCGUUCUUGUACAAAUGAGCCUCGAAGAAAGUAGUUGGUGUUUCCGUUCUAAAUCUUGCUUUCUAAUGUUUUUCAAUAUUGGACCAAAUCAACUGCAAAGAUACAAUUUUGUGUGGGUGUAUUUAACAUAUGCUGAUUACAGAUACAACUAUGUGUGA